AUGGAAUGGAAUGGUCAAUAUCAUGGUGAGGAGGGGUGUACGCGUCUUGAGAUGUGCAAUCCUUUAAUGAGAGGAGAGUAUCAUCUUCUAAGAGUACCAUCUCAACGUAGUAAACUAGCUAACUACCUUUCCUCUGGGCGCAUACGUCAAAGUCAACAAACCAUAGCAUUUCAGGUUGUUGAGGCAUAUCAAGUACUAGAGCUCGCUUGUCUAAGGGUUGCUAGGCUGGUUCACCGGCCGUCGCCCCGCCAUUGCCGGCUAUCUCCCGCCAUCGACGGCCGUCGCCCGCCAUCGCCGGCGGCCACCCGCAACCUCUCUCACAGCCGCACAUCAACCGUGACCUCUCCUCUCACCGACGCGCCGGCCUCCGCCCAGUACGCCCUCGUCACCACCACCAGCCGAACCGCCGUCGCCUUCACCACCGCCGCCACGCCUUCAUCCGCCGCCAUCAACCAACUCACAGACGCCGGUGUUUUCUUCCGACCAUUUCGAUUUCAUAUAUGCGGGCCAAAACACCUCAACCAAUUCGGUCGUUGA